UGUGUCUUUAAAGUCGUGCAGAGGGGAGCUUACACUAAAGAAAGGAGGGGGCUGCUGUGCGCCAGUUGGAGGUGUCUGCCUGUCGCAGCGGAUCGGGGUUGACAUUAAGAAGCAGCAGCGUGUCCAUGCCUGAGCAGGGCAGCUACGGCGCAGUUUCAAGGCACCGAUCCUCCCAUUGAAGCGGGUCAGAUACUCAGCAGACCGGAGGAUACAUGGAUGGACAGAGAUAUACUGCAAUCGGAAUUAAGUUGCCAGCCGGUGCGAGGAAUUUCGGGAUAUAAUGGGGAAUACGACACCUAAACCUUUAAUAGAUGCGACUCUGCAACCCCGCCCGGUGGCCAGUAGGCAGUACUACACCCUCCCUAACAAUGGGGCAGGUGUGGAGAGGAGGACGUCUGCUCCCCCAGUCAGCAUCAACGUGGAGUCGCCCCGCUUCCACCCGCACGCCAAAGGCAAGAACAUCAGGCUGGACGGGCAGCUACGCCGUGCCACUCGCAAGAACAGCUUCUGUAACGGCAUCACAUUCAGCCAUCGACCUGUGCACCUUUAUGAAAAGGUGCGUCUACGCUUGACUGGUGUGCACACUGGCUGGAGUGGAGCUCUGCGGUUUGGUUUUACGAGUCUGGAUCCCAGCGAACUGGUUGCCACGGACAUCCCCAAGUACGCCUGCCCGGACCUGGUGACACGGCCCGGCUACUGGGCCAAAGCGCUGCCCGAGAGGCUGGCCUUGAAGGACAAUGUGCUGUCAUUCUGGGCCGAUCGCCACGGAAGAGUUUUCUAUAGCAUCAACGAAGGAGAGCCCAUCCUCUUCCACUGUGGGCUCAGCAUCGGCUGUCCACUCUGGGCCAUCAUAGAUAUCUAUGGCAUCACUCAGGAGGUCACGCUACUUGACAGCACGUUUGCUGAGAGCGUUGGAUCCAGCUGCCUGAGUGCGGCCCGUCUGAGUGCCUAUCUGCCCCAGAGUAGCCACGACUCGGCCAAUUACAGCAACAAUCAGCUGGAAAACAACCAGGCUGCCGCUGCCAAAAUGGCCAACCUCCAGCUCAGUAACUACACUCAGCUCAUCCCCUGCUGCUCUUCCACCUCUUCCUCCGCCACACCGUCCUCAUCUGCCUCCACUGGAUUCAGCGUCCCGAGGGCGUCCCGAGGCCUUCCUUCCCCGUUGGACAAUGACUUGCACUUUCACCCUGUCCGCGGCUCUGACGUGAUACUUUCCGCAGACCGCUCGGCCGCCUGCAUCCACUUCCUGGACAGCAGUCGGACUCUGGUGUUCAGCGAUCGGCCGCUGCACAUAGGUGAGACUUUGUACGUGGAGGUCGGCCACCUGGGCCUGCCAUACUUCGGGGCACUGUCGUUUGGUUUAACGUCCUGUGAUCCAGCCAGUCUGCAUGCUGGAGACCUGCCAGCCGAUCCUGAGGUUCUCCUGGACCGAAAAGAGUACUGGGUGGUGCACCGGGGCUUCCCCAUGCCUUGCUCUGGAGAUGUGCUCAGCUUCAGCUUGCUGCCCAGCGGAGAGGUGCAUCAUGGGGUAAACGGAGCGGGGCGAGGCCGGCUGCUCUGUGUGGACUCCUCUCAGGUCCUGUGGGCCUUCUUCACCCUGCAUGGAGCCGUCAACAGACUCAGGAUACUCGGAACAUUGCAGUCCAGCCCUCCCUCCACGUCUCCCACCACCUCUCAGAGCAGCAGCCCAGAUGACAGUGACUCAGACCUGGCGUUCAGUGUCAACAGAUCCUCCUCUGCCUCUGAAUCCUCUCUGGUGACUGCUCCCAGCUCCCCUCUCAGUCUUCCCACCUCUCCCUCCCUCACCGCCUCAGAGCUGCCCCCUGCUGGAAAAAACGGAGAAUGCACCAUUUGCUUUGACCAGGAGGUGGACACGGUCAUCUACACCUGCGGACACAUGUGUCUGUGCAACGACUGCGGCCUGAAGCUGAAGAGACAGAUCAACGCCUGCUGUCCCAUAUGCAGGAGGCCGAUCAAAGAUGUGAUCAAAACGUACCGGCCGUGAUUUUAAACGGGUGAGGCGGCUUCCUGCUGCUGGGUCCCACCUGUUGACCCUUCUCAGGCUUUGCUGGACAAUGGACCUUGAACCCAACUGGAGGUUUUCCACACCAGGACAUUACUGUGCCUAUCAGAGUUCCAUUUUUUAAGGGUAAGUCACCUGGAGACAGACUCUGCUCUUCGUAUGCCGAACUGUGACGAAGCUCAUCUUAGACUGCAGACAUGAGCACCAAUAUUUUGUCUAAGAGAGAAGAGACGAAUCAUGUGCGCCCUUUUUUUUUUGUAUUUUCCAUGUGAUGUCUUUUAUGUCACAUGUAUUCGCCGAGCAGAAAGGCCCGCUGUGAAUAUUUGUCCGUACUCUCUUUGACCUAGAUUUACGUGUGCUUCAGCAGAAUAUGCGGACCAUCGUCUAUGACUUCUAGUGCCUUAGAUUUUUGUCACAUUAUGUGUUCAAGUAAUUAUGCUAACAACCCUAGCCAUAUUUUCAAUGUACAGUGCUGAGAGUUUGUAGUGAAAAGGGCACACAGAAUUUAUGCAAUAAAAUUGGGAAUAGUAUGUAGAAAAGAUGGUUGUAAAUGUGUGUAAGAGUGUUCAGUGGUGGCUUUAUGGAAAGUGUGAUUGCAAAGUUUAUCUGGAAAAAAUAAAACAAAGAAUCUGGUUUUGCACAUUGAGCGAUUAUUAAAAGUGGACUAUGUGUGAUUAAA